UAUUUAUGCAAACAAUAUUAGCCAUAAUAAUUCUAUAUAUACCAAUUCAACUAUAUAGCAAAAACAUCACAUUAUUACCCUCCUCACAUUCAUCACUAUACCAUGGAUAUGGAGAAGAACCAAUCAAAGCAUGUCUGCGUGGUCGGUGCCGGACCGUCAGGGCUGGUGGCUGCUAGGGAACUCAAGAGAGAAGGCCACAAUGUGGUGGUUUUUGAGCAAAACCAUGAUGUUGGAGGGCAAUGGCUCUAUAACCCUAAUGUUGAAAAUGAAGAUCCCUUAGGAAGGGACAAUACCCUAGAGGUCCAUAGUAGUGUCUAUGCCUCACUAAGGCUUUUCACUCCAAGAGAAGUCAUGGGUUACACUGACUUUCCAUUUGUGGUGAAGGAAGGUGGAGAUAGAGAUACUAGGAGGUUUCCUGGUCAUAAGGAACUUUUUUUUUACUUGAAGGAUUUUUGUGAAUGGUUUGGGUUAAGAGAGAUGAUAAGGUUGAAUACUAAGGUGGAGUUUGUGGGAAUGUUGGAUUGUAAUGAAUUUGGAAAAGAUUUGAGAUGGGUUGUUAGGAGUAAAGCGAAGCAGUCUGAGAAGGUGGUAGAAGAAGUGUUUGAUGCUGUGGUUGUAGCUACUGGUCAUUACUCAAAGCCUUGGUUGCCAACCAUUGAAGAAUAA